ACACUUCGUCAUGUGUGGGUAAAGUUUUGCGAGUUUGAAUGUAGCCGGAAGAAGGGAAGGAAGAUGCCGGCUGCUGUUGUGAUAAUGUCCCAGUAAGAUGAGUGAGAUCGUAGAAAGGACUCUCAGCGCGCUGCCUGGCCUUAUCCUCCAGGACUCGCCGUCCGGGGCCAGUUCCAAGCUCGGAAACCUCAUCCGUAGCAUCACGGCUCUCACUUCCAGACAGGAAGAAGAAAAAUUAAUUCAGCAGGAGCUUGCUAAUUUGAAAGUAACCGUUUCCUCUGCAAACACAACUCUGAGGCAGAUGAAGGAAUGCAUGGUGAGAUUCAUUUACUGCGAAAUGCUGGGAUAUGAGUCUGGAUUUGGUUACAUUCACGCCAUCAAGUUGGCUCAACAAGGGAAUUUGCUUGAAAAAAGAGUAGGGUACCUGGCAGUGUCCUUAUUCCUGCAUGAAAACCAUGAAUUAUUGCUUUUGUUGGUGAAUACAGUUUUAAAGGACCUACAAAGCACCAACCUUGUUGAAGUAUGCAUGGCACUGACAGUUGUCAGCCAAAUCUUUCCAAAGGAAAUGAUUCCAGCUGCCCUGCCACUGAUAGAAGACAAGCUGCAGCAUUCAAAAGAAAUCGUGAGGAGGAAAGCUGUUCUGGCAUUAUAUAAAUUCUAUAUGAUAGCACCCACUCAAGUCCAGCACAUCCAUGAGAAGUUCAGGAAAGCACUUUGUGACCGGGAUGUUGGAGUCAUGGCUGCUUCACUGCACAUAUAUUACCAAGUGAUCAAGGACAACCCAGCUGGUUACAAAGACCUGACAGGUUCUUUCAUUACCAUUUUAAAGCAAGUGGUUGGAGGGAAACUGCCUGCAGAUUUUAAUUACCAUAGUGUCCCAGCACCAUGGCUUCAGAUUCAGCUCCUGAGGAUUUUAAGAUUACUGGGAAAAGAUGACCCCAGGGCCAGUGAGCUAAUCUAUGAUGUGUUGGAUGAAUCCUUAAGGAGGGCAGAAAUAAAUCACAACAUCACCUAUGCAAUUUUGUUUGAGUGUGUGCAAACCAUUUAUACUAUUUACCCGAAAGCAGAUUUAUUUGAAAAGGCAGCAAAAUGUAUUGGAAAAUUUGUGCUGUCCCCAAAGAUCAACCUUAAGUAUUUAGGUUUAAAGGCACUCACAUAUGUUAUCCAACAGGAUCCUAAUCUGGCACUUCAGCAUCAGAUGACAAUAAUUGAGUGUUUGGACCACCCAGAUCCCAUCAUUAAAAGAGAGACUCUGGAGCUGCUGUACCGAAUCACUAAUGGCCAGAACGUGACUGUUAUUGUACAAAAGAUGUUGGACUAUCUGACGCAGAGUAAAGAUGAAUGUACAAUAAUUGCCUUAGUUGGCAAAAUAGCUGACCUAGCAGAAAAAUAUGCCCCGAACAAUCAGUGGUUUAUUCAGACAAUGAAUGUAGUGUUCUCUAUUGGAGGGGACGUGAUACACCCAGACAUACCUAACAACUUCCUUCGACUCCUGGCUGAAGGAUUUGAUGAUGAAAAGGAAGAUAGGCAGCUGAGGCUUUAUGCAGUGCAGUCUUAUCUUGCCUUGCUGGAAACCAAGAAUGCUCAUUACCCCCAGCGCUUCCUUCAGGUUAUCAGUUGGGUACUUGGAGAAUAUGCCUACCUUGCAAAACAUAUACCUGUAGAAUCUGUUAUGACAAACCUUUAUGAAGUUCUCAAACAAAGAUCAGUUACUUCUGAAACCAAAGCGUGGAUUGUUGCAGCUAUUAGCAAACUUACAGCCCUCAGUCCACACUGUUCUUUGGUUGACAGAAUAAUCCACGAGUUUAGCACUUGUCCGGACACAGUAAUGAGGCAGCACGUGUGCGAAUUGAAACUGCUGCGAGUGGAGGGCCCCCUAACGCACAAACUCUUUCCACUCAACUCCAGCUGUGAAGAUUUUAUGGUGGAUGCCUCAUUGUCCUUUCUGGAUGGGUUUGUUGCAGAUGCACUCAGCAAUGGUGCAGCAACUUAUAUUCCCCGUCAUCAGCGCCAAGAAGAGAAGAUGUCUCGUGAAAAAGCUUUGAAUCUGCAACCAUAUGGGCUGUGCUUCUCGCCUAGCUUGCCUUCAGCCAGUCUCACGGAUGGACAUUCUCCUUCUGCAGUUUCUGUCUCGUCAGGAAUCUCAGGGAACAGUGGUGAAACUGGGCAAAAAGAGGAUACUCGCCUUAAGCUUGAUGGUGUGAAGAAACUUUGGGGUAAAGAUGGCUACCUAUUGAAAAAGGAAAGUACAUCAGUUACAUCAGUUAAGCCAGAAUCUAUGGCUGUCCCUCUGGACAGUGGGAUUUCACAAAGUGGUGACAAGAAACUUCAAAGGACUGAUGAGAGUUUGGUGCCCUUUACAGAGGAAGAGAAAGAGAAGAGGCAGCUAGCAUCUACUUUAUUUGUUGGCCUUGGAUCCAGUGCUGUCAGCUUGAUGGGUAAAGCAGAGCAGACUCCAAAAAAGUUCAAGAGGAAAUCAAAAAUAGGUGGAAAUAAAGUGAUGAAUGAAGAGUCGUCUUCCCUUCCCAGCCAUCUCAUUUCUGAUGGAGAGGGCUACACUCCGCCAACAAGUGGCACGCACUUACUGAACUCAGAUUCCCAUACAUCACCUGAGAGACUUGAUGCUUUAGGGGAAGGGGAUGUGUCUACUGCUUUGUUUGCCAACUCCAAUAUGGAUAUAAUCAAGCCCUUGCAAAGCACCUCACCUAACCAAGGAACUUGCAGUGUGUACCAUGUGCCAUCCCUGCUGCCUGAUCUGGCCCAGCACCCUCAUUCACCUGUUAAAGAGAGUGCAAGCGAUGAGAAUUUAAGUAUAUACUUUAGCAAAGUAUGGAAAGACGACAAUGUGCUACUUGCCAUAAUCAUUGUCAAUAGGACUUCUUUAGUAUUUCAGAAUAUUAGUGUUCAUUUUGAUGAUUCAAAAAACUGCACAAUUUCCUCAAGCCUUCAUUGCCAGCUUUCCCAGGUUGAUGCCCUUGGUGUGCAGCAGUGUUGGGGCUGUGUACAGAUGUUGAUCCCUUGUUCUGCAGAAUCAGUGUCUGGCUGCAUCAGUUACCAGUCAGAGCUGGCAGAGCCUUGUCAGAUCAUCUUUUGUGUAGAUUUCCUUCUGCUGGAUUUUAUAAGACCUUUAAGUAUUUCAACUGAAGAAUUUGGCAUAAUGUGGCCUUCUCACUCCAAUGAACUGAAACGCAAGCUUACUGUUGGCCAGCAAUCAUUCACAGGAACUCUUCACAACUUACAGAGGGAAAUUAACUUUCAUAUUGUUGAAAUUAUAGGUGACGAGGGGUUAGCUGCAUGCCAGAUGCUCCCCACAGUGCCCUGCCUGCUGCAUUGUCACUUCAGUUCUGGACUUCUGACAUUAUGGAUCAGAUCGCAUUCAUCCACGUUGCUUGACUGUUUGCUACGUCAGUGCCAAAAGGCAUUAGAAGAACUGUGACCAUCACUGCCUGCAUCUAUAAACGCUGAUGUUUACAUGGUUGCAUCCUUUGUACUGAAUGCCAAAGCUACAUCAACUGUAGGUACUACUGUAGGUGGACUACCGAGUAUACAGCAUGGUGAAUGGCUAUAGACUUAAAAAGAGGUUUUUAUUGAACUUUUUUACUACACUUUUUUUUUUUAAUUUCCCAGCAAGUCAUGUUUUGGUAUCUGCUAAUUUAUUUUGCACAAUUAUGAAUGUAAAAAAGGUUUUAUUUUUAUGCUCUUUGGUUUACCUUACAGCACUAUUCUAAAAAUAUAAACCAUCAAGUAAGGCUGGGUCUAUUUAAUAUUUUUCUGCUUGUUUUAUUUUAAAAUGGUCAUAUAAUUCCUCUAUUAAUGUUUGCCAUUUGUAUUGCUUAAAUUUUCCACAACAUGUGGUAUUCUCCUUUGAUAUAUGAAAAUAUCAUACCUAUCAUACAUCAAGACAUUGUUCAACAUUAAUGGUUACCUAGAGGCGUAGGUUGAACAAAGACUUGUACAGCAGUUUAAUCAGUUAACAACCUAGCUUUUAGCUGAUCCACAGGAAAAAAAAUCCUAAUUUGCACCAGAAGAAAACAAUUUCUAAUUUCUUCCUGACUCCCGAACAACUGGACCAGUCUCUGGAUCAACAUUUUACUAUAAUUUGAUAUGUGUUAUAAUGCUCUUUCAUAUUUAUAAAAUCAAUGCAAAUAACAGGCACAAAAACAUU